GAAAUUAUUCCGCGUGUCACGCGGGUGAGAAUCUAGUUUGUGAUUAAAAUACACACAUUUAUUAUGUUCCUUUGGGGCACUCAAAAUCGUUAAUUAUAUAUGUAUUACUGUAUACUUUACAAAGAUAACUAAUUAUAACGCUAAUCAUUAUAUAAAGAUUUACUGUGUCCUACAAAAAAUAUAAAAGUCUCUACGACACUGAAAGUUUUGUAAUUUUCCUACAACAUGUUAAAUUUUCUUCUAGGGUAAAGUAGAAGCUCUCUAUAAAAGGCUACGAAUGCCUUUAUUUUCGCAUCAACCCAUAAACUUCUUUUAGAUUCUCAUCUCUCGGUUUAACAAGCAGAGAGCAAACAAAUAAUGGGUAUAAGCAAUGCUAUUCCCUCACUUUUGCUCUCAAUUUUGAUGUUCGGGGUUUUGGGUAAUUAUGCUCAGCUUACCUCUGAUUUUUACUCCACGACCUGCCCUAAUGUCACAGUCAUUGCUCGGAGUCUGAUCAAGCAAGCAAGCCGUAGCGACGUCAGACUCACUGCUAAAGUCAUGCGCCUUCACUUUCAUGACUGUUUCGUGAACGGGUGCGAUGGUUCGGUACUGUUGGACGCUGCUCCUGCUGAUGGUGUAGAGGGUGAGAAGGAGGCUUUCCAAAACGCUGGCUCUCUGGAUGGAUUCGAAGUGAUCGAUGAUAUCAAAACCGCACUCGAGAAUGUUUGCCCUGGAGUUGUCUCUUGUGCCGAUAUCCUCGCCAUCGCAGCUGAAAUCUCUGUCUCAUUGGCUGGAGGACCGUCAUGGGACGUAUUGUUUGGAAGGAGAGAUGGUCGGACAGCGAACCGCGGGGACGCGGUGACCGCACUUCCACUAGGACCUGACUCUCUUGAGAUCCUUACCUCUAAGUUCUCAGUACAUAAUCUUGACACUACUGAUCUCGUCGCUUUAUCUGGUGCUCAUACUUUCGGGAGGGUUCAGUGUGGAGUGAUAACCAAUCGUCUACACAAUUUCAGUGGUAACAACGGACAGUCCGACCCUACUAUUGAACCGGAAUUCUUGCAAACGUUGCGACGACAAUGCCCGCAAGGCGGAAGUCUCACCGCGAGGGUCAAUCUUGAUGAUACGAGCCCUGACUCAUUUGAUAACGACUAUUUCAAGAACCUUCAAAACAACCGUGGGGUCAUUGAAUCAGAUCAAAUCUUGUUCUCUUCCACAGGAUCACCUACUGUAUCUUUGGUGAAUCGUUUCGCAGAGAACCAAAGUGAAUUCUUUAGAAAUUUUGCGAGAUCGAUGAUCAAGAUGGGAAAUGUAAGGGUUCUCACAGGAACUGAAGGAGAGAUCCGUAGAGACUGCAGACGGGUCAACUAAUACGGUUUUGCAUAAAAUUGCAUGUUCAAACUUUGUUAUUAUUCAUGAAAUCAGUGAUAUUUAUUUGUGCUUUUCCAUAAAUAUUUUAUAUUCCGUUGAUUUUGCAAUUGUAAAUCAUAAAUACACACAUACUUAUUAGAAAAGCUCCACGUUCUU